AUGGUCCUUAAUGACCUUGGCCGCAGUCUCCGAGACGCCCUAGCAGGGUUCAAUCGGGCUCCAAAUCCGGAUCAAAAAGCCAUUGAUGCACUGAUGAACGACGUCUGUAGAGCGCUUAUCGGCAGCGAUGUAAAUAUAGCCAUGGUGAAAAAGCUGCGAACAAAUGUGCUCGCCUCGAUUGAGACAAAUCUUGGAUCUGGCGCGGUCAUCGAUGAACUCUGCUCGUUGAUUGAUCCUGGAAUCCCGCCCUGGCAGCCUCGUCGGGGACACCGAAAUGUUGUCAUGUUUGUGGGUCUUCAAGGCUCUGGAAAAACGACAUCCUGCACUAAGAAAGGAUUCAAAGUCGGGCUUGUUUGUGCAGACACUUUUCGGGCCGGUGCGUAUGAUCAGCUACGUCAAAAUGCAACAAAGGCGAGAAUCCCUUACUUUGGCUCUUAUUCUGAGCCAGAUCCGGUCAAAAUUGCUCUUCAGGGCCUGCAAAAGUUUACACAAGAAAAGUUUGAACUUAUCAUUGUCGAUACCAGUGGAAGACAUGCUCAAGAAACUUCCCUGUUCCAGGAGAUGGUGGACAUUGAAACUGCUGUGUGUCCCGAUAAUGUGGUCUUCAUUAUGGAUGGCUCCAUCGGGCAGGUUGCUGAUUCCCAGGCUCGCGCAUUCAAAAGUGCCGUCAAUGUUGGGUCAAUUUUUCUCACCAAAAUGGACGGGCAUGCCAAGGGCGGCGGUGCGCUGUCUGGUGUUGCUGCCACCGGCUGUCCAAUCGUAUUUAUUGGUACUGGAGAGCACGUUGACGAUAUCGAGCGGUUCUCGGUUCGCCCGUUCAUAUCCAAGCUUUUGGGAAUGGGUGACAUCGGUGGUCUCAUUGAAAAGGUCCAAGAUAUCCGCAUAGAUUCGGCCCAUAAGGACCUGCAAAAGCACAUUGAGCAGGGGAUUUUUUCUCUCAGUGACCUGCAGGAACUUUUCUCGAUGAUUUCAGGAAUGGGUCCACUUUCAAACAUCCUCAACAUGCUUCCAGGCGGUGCAGAUCUGAUGGCAGGCCCAGAUAUCGGCCUUCGAAUGCGCCGAUAUAUGACUUUGUUGGAUAGCAUGCACUCCUCAGAACUUUCCGCUGAUGCUCGGAUUUUUUCUACCCAGCCUGGGCGUGCAAGGAGGGUAUGUGCCGGUUCUGGAUGCGAUUCUACGCAUUUGGCAGAGCUUCUUGAGCAACACAAAAAGUUUGCUGCUUUGAUAAAACAAAUGGGUGGGCCAAAGGGGCUACUAAAGAACCUAUCUGGCACAAAUCACGUAUCCAAUAGCCAGCAAAUGGCAAAGAUGUCUCGAUUUGUGCCUCCAGAGCUCCUGCAGUCGAUGGGUAAUCUUGUGUUUCUCAGCUAUCAGGUGGCAUUUCCGGCCUGCAAGAUAUGA